ACCUUAGAUCGUCAUGGCGGGCAGACCUGCUGUUGCAGCAUCAAGCAAGUGGCUGGAUGGUUUUCGAAAAUGGUAUUAUAAUGCUGCUGGAUUCAACAAACUGGGUUUAAUGCGAGAUGAUACACUACACGAGACUGAAGAUGUGAAAGAAGCCAUAAGAAGGCUUCCUGAGCAUCUUUAUAAUGACAGAAUGUUUCGAAUUAAGAGAGCCCUGGACCUGAGCAUGCGGCAUCAGAUCUUGCCUAAGGAGCAGUGGACAAAAUAUGAGGAGGACAAAUUCUACCUUAAACCCUAUCUGAAAGAAGUUAUUCGGGAAAGAAAAGAGAAAGAAGAAUGGGCAAAGAAGUGAUCUUGUGGUUGAGA